CAGAGGGACGAGCUGGCUGGACAAUGGCCCAGGAGACAGUGAUCCGUGUGGCCCCAGAGUGGCCCACCCAUGCUGUGUGUGUGCUGGGCACCUCCACUCAGCUUGAUGUCUGCAGCUCUGCCCCUGAGGACUGCACGUCCUUCAGCAUCAGCGCGUCCCCAGGAGUGGUCGUAGAUGUUGCCCACAGCCCUCCAGCCAAGAUGAAUCCCACAGGCUCCUCCAAAUGGCCCCUGGACCCUGGGCUGGAGGUGACCCUGAAAAUGACAGCUGCCAGCAGUAGCACAGACGACCAGAAGGUUCGGAUUUCAUACUACAGACUCAAGGCCCCACCAGUCCAAGCUCUGCUCUACCUCACCGGGGUGGAAAUCUCCCUGUGCGCGGACAUCGCCCGCACCGGCAAAGUGAAGCCGACCAGAGCUGGGAAGGAUCAGAGCACCUGGACCUGGGGCCCUGGCGGACAAGGCGCCAUCCUGCUGGUGAACUGCGACAAGGACAAUCUCAAGUCUUCCGCCAUGGACUGCGAGGAUGACGAGGUGCUUAACAGCAAAGACCUGCAGGACAUGUCCCUGAUGACCCUGAGCACGAAGACCCCCGGGGACUUCUUCACCAAGCACCAGCUGGUGCUCCACGUGGCCAGAUCGGAGAUGGACAAAGUGAGGGUGUUUCAGGCCACAGGGGACAAGGCGCCCUCCACGUGCAGGGUGGUCCUGGGGCCCCACCAGCCCUCUCACCCCCUGAAGCUCCCCGGCGGCCGGCACAGCGUGGACUUCUACGUGGAGGGCCUCGCUUUCCCGGACGCCGACUUCCCCGGGCUCAUCACCCUCACUGUCUCCCUGCUGGACACGUCCAACCCGGAGCUCCCUGACACCUUGGUGUUCGAAGACAGCGUGACCUUCCGCGUGGCCCCCUGGAUCAUGACUCCCAACACCCAGCCCCCGCAGGAGGUGUUCGUGUGCAGGGUUUUUGACAACGAGGACUUCCUGAAGUCGGUGAUGACUCUGGCCAAGAAAGCCAAGUGCAAGCUGACCAUCUGCCCCGAGGAGGAGAACAUGGAUGACCAGUGGAUGCAGGACGAAAUGGAGAUCGGCUACAUCCAAGCCCCGCACAAAACGCUGCCCGUGGUCUUCGACUCCCCGAGGAACAGAGGGCUGAAGGAGUUCCCCGUCAAAUGCGUGAUGGGUCCAGAUUUUGGCUAUGUGACUCGAGGGCCCCAAACAGGGGAGGUCACGGGGCUCGACUCCUUUGGGAACCUGGAAGUGAGCCCCCCAGUCACAGUCGGGGAGAAGGAAUACCCACUGGGCAGGAUUCUCUUCGGGAACAGCAGUUACCCCAGCAGCGAGAGCCGAGAGAUGCACCAGGCCCUGCAGGACUUCCUCAGCGCCCAGCGGGUGCAGGCCCCCGUGAAACUCUACUCCGACUGGCUGUCCGUGGGCCACGUGGACGAGUUCCUGAGCUUCGUGCCGGCACCCGACAGGAAGGGUUUCCGGCUGCUCCUGGCCAGCCCCAGGGCCUGCUACAAACUGUUCCAGGAGCAGCAGCAGGAGGGCCACGGGGACGCGCUGCUGUUCGAAGGACUCAGUAAAAAAAAACAGAAAAUAAAGAACAUUCUGUCAAACAAGACAUUGAGAGAACAUAACUCAUAUGUGCAGAGCUGCAUCGACUGGAACCGUGGGGUCCUGAAGCGGGAGCUGGGCCUGACCGAGCGCGACAUCCUGGACAUCCCGCAGCUCUUCAAACUCCGGGGGAACGUCAGAGAGUCCCGCAAGGCCGAGGCCUUUUUCCCAAACAUGGUGAACAUGCUGGUGCUGGGCAAGCACCUGGGCAUCCCCAAGCCCUUCGGGCCCAUCGUCAGCGGCCGCUGCUGCCUGGAGGAGAAGGUGCGGUCCCUGCUGGAGCCGCUGGGCCUGCGCUGCACCUUCAUCGACGACUUCGCUCCGUACCACGUGCUGCACGGGGAGGUGCAUUGCGGCACCAACGUGCGCCGGCAGCCCUUCUCCUUCAAGUGGUGGCACAUGGUGCCCUGAGCCCAUCUCCCCUGGCGUCUUCUCCCCGGGAGCCUCGUGGCGAGAGGUUGCUGGUCCUCUGCAGUAUGGCACGGCAAGGGCUCUUGGGGACAUUUUCGCUCGCCAGGGUGGCCAACCCUCCCACAGUGGCUUGCAUUCCUCUCCUAGGCCCCAGUUCCUGGGGUCCCCCUCUUAGGACCCCAAGAGGGUCCUAGCAUUGUAAACUCAGUUCUGCUCUGAGAAGCUACAAUAAAGUUUUUUUAAUCACUUUGUACGUGA